AUGAUGGAUGACUCAAAUCAGCGACUAAGCACCGACAACAGGAAGCUCAUCUCCACCACCAGUGGAUGGAGAGUGUCGCAGGCAUGUGACCGGUGUCGAAUGAAGAAAAUAAGAUGUGACGGCGGUACACCUUGCAGCAAGUGUUUGCUGAUUGGCUUCGAGUGUACAACCUCGGAUAAGUUGUCGAGAAGGGCAUUCCCCAAAGGUUACACUGCCAACUUGGAGAAACGCAUCCAGGAGUUAGAGGAUGAGAAUCACAUGUUGAAGACACUGCUCGGUAAGGACGGAUCCAAUGGCGACGCUGUGGUUCAUCAUCAGACUGGCCACAUUCCCAAACUUGAGGAGGAACACCCCAAGGGCCAAAGUCAUGGCAUAGCCACCAUGACCACCAACAACAAUACCAUCCAUAUCAACAAUCCAAUUGAUCAGAUAUUCAAUUUGGACAGGAAGGGCGCCAUCAUCGGCAAUGAUAACCUUAACUUUGAGUCACAGUUCAACCACCUACUCAUCAACUUGAAUUUGCCGUUUCUCAAAAUUACAAACUCCCACAACUACUUAUUGAAUGAUCCAGACCUGUACUUGUACCAUCCUUCGUACUCGAACUACAAUGACUUCCACAAUAAGGACCUUGAGAUCAUUUAUAAUCCUUUGAGUAUGCAUGGCCACAACCAGCAUCUGGGUCAACCCAUCAACUCCCUGUUGCCUGGUGAUAUCUACGACUUGUUUAUCAAGCUCAUCAACAAUUUUAAGAAACUUUUCAACUCAAAGAAGGAAUUGGAUCACCAGAUUGUCCAAUUCUUUCUCAAUUACAACACAUUCAUUCCAAUCUUCGACUACAAGAAAUUCAUGGAGAGCUACGAUGCAUUCCACACCAUGUAUCCGUUUAUGUUCACCUACGAUGAUGCCACCAUCAAUGGCUUCAACAUUUCAACCAACGACUAUGAGAUGGUGAACAACUACUUGAUGGUUGUUAUCCAGAUCUAUGCCAUGAUCAUGAUGAACGAUCCUUCCCUUAAUAUGAACUUGCUCUUGAAUCACUCCCACCCAAACUAUUCUCACAAGUUCCGCAAGGAUCGCCUUGCUAAUGAAUCCAUCCUCAAGUCCUUAUACGACUUUCUUCCUUAUCUCAAUCCGUUCCAUGUGUCCAUGAGUCAAUUGCAAACGUACUUGUUGUUCUUUUACUAUUCGCUUCUUACAAACAAUAAGGAAAAGUCACUUGUGCUUUCGGCAAUGAUCAACUCAUUCAUUGGAAUCUUGGGUAUCAACUUGAACUCUAAGAAUUUGUUCUUUAACGACUUAACUUUGAACUUGCAACAAAGAAGAGAUCGUGUAAAGAUCUUCUGGGGCUUCAAGGUAUUGCUUAAGUGUUUUAACUUGAAAUUUGGCUUCAAGCCUUCGAUCAACACCACGGUCAUUAAUCCAGUCACCAUCGAAAGAUACUUUCGUCUUACGCCAGAGAAACUCAGCACUUUGCUCGAGCCGUCCGCGGGGUCUGAAGUGGACAGUCUUUUUCAAACUUUACUCAAGCCAAGUAUUGAGUUUCUAAAUCUCAUGAACAUCAUUAUUCCUUCUUCUUUCUCACCAAAUUACUACCAAUAUUUGAAAAGUGACAAGCAUGCUGGAAGCGAUACCUCAACUCCCCAGGGACAAGCGGCACAUCAUAAGAAACAGCAUCCUAACAAUCUUGACUGGAUUUUGAACGAUGAUGGUGGGGAUGGGAACGACGGUAACUUGAAUUACAAUUUUGCCCAGUUUUUGGCAAUUGACAAGAACCUUUCCAACUGGCGAUACUCGUUAAAGGAUAGACACAUUGAUUUAAUGCCAUUACAUAUGCAAAUGGGUCUCCCUAUCUUGUCCAGUGUGGGUGAUAGUACUUUGUACCAUCGUGUCACUUUUGAGGAAGAAAAUCUGCCCAGAAAUGGAUUAUCAGAAGAAGGCGUAUUAAAUUUUGCUAAUACGGGUAUUCCAGAUAUGCAGACAGCAGCCCAGCUCAUCAAGAUGCAAUUAAACUUCCAUUAUCUUUUGAUUCGCUCCAUGAACUACUUGAACUUUGUUAUUGACAGAGAGCUCACCCAGAACUAUUACGUGAAGAUUGCGAACAUUUCGAGAGAAGUUUUGGCUUAUUUUAUUUUAAUCUUCGAGCAUGUGGGUCGCUCUGUUGAACAAACCAAUGGCGAACUGGUCCAGAACUUCAAUUCAGGUCUAUUCGGGGAUACAAAGAAAAUGGCCGCUGAUGCACUUUCAUCCGAAAUCGGUCUUGAUGUCGACGACGAUGGGUUCGUCAUUAACGAUUUUUCUGUCAAGAGAAGAAAAGUGACGGGAAACUCCUCCAAUGCGGUCAAGAGGCGAGUGAAGGAAAUUCCGUUUUCUCCAUUCAACUCCAUGCUCAACGGACUUUCUUUAACAAUCAUUAACCUCAAGAAGUCGAUUGUGUUACAGAUGCUUUAUUUGCUUAUUUGCACUUUGAAGAUUGCCAAAAAGGGAGGCUCCAUGAGCCGAGAUACGGUUCUUGUAUUGAACAAAAGUAUCUCGUUGUUCAUUCUGAUAUUCAUCAACUACCAGCCCAAUGCCAAUAAGUUUAUGAAGACAAAAAAGGUCAAGGAGGACGACUUAUUCAAGAGGAUUAUAAAUGACGAGUUGAAGGAUGACUUCUUGAAGGACAAGGCUGGCGAGGAUUCCGAAGAUGAGGACGGAGAUGUGGAGAUAGACUGGGACGACGAGGAUAUGGACGAAGACUUGAAAUACUUGAAAACCUUGAAGUACAUCAAGUAUAAGACUAACAUCUUGUACGAGAAAUCGCAAUCUAAGCGUGUCAUCAAGCAAGAGUCUGAAUCCAAACUUUCCAAGACACCCAGUCUUCCACCCCUGGAUAACAAUCGAAAGGUGGAACUUAAUCACCCUACGGUUCAACUUCCGCCUUUGAUCCCACCUUCAGGUUAUGUAAGCCAAGCAUCACCACCAGCGUUUCCUCUGAUGUCUCCUACAAUUUUACCUAGAGGGAGUGUGGGAGGAGUGAGUAAGGUGCCAAGUUUGAACAAAUACGAGUUCUUUCUCGGAGGAGAGAAGGACGAAGACACAAAGAAGGAACGAAUUGCUGCCGACCUCAUGAACAUGAAGCACGGCGGCAGAGGAGUUUAUGGAAACUGGCAGUUUGGUCAGGACGGGUCUACAGGAGCACAGGGCACCGAAUGA